AUGGUAACUGAGAUAACUGUUGAGUACAAAUGGAACACAAACUUAACCGGACAGUUCCAGACCCAACCAAACCACGCUGAACUGACUCACAGACAUCUGCUCUUCAUGAGGAUCUCCUUCAGCAUGAGGCUCUCCUUCCUCCUCUUCCUCCUCCUCCAUGGAGCCGUGGCCUCAGUGCCUGGUUGUCAUAGCGACGGGGAUAAGGACCAACGGGCCAGGGAGAACUGCACAGGAGCCGGAUUCAGUGACAUCCCAGCAGGACUGGAACACACGACCCAGGUUCUACUGUUUCCACACAACCUGUUCUCCUCUCUGUCCUGGACCUCCUUCCAGAUCUUUACAGAGCUCUAUGAGAUCGACCUAACAGCCAACAAGGUUCCAGAGGUGACCCCCAGUUCUGGUCCUAUCCUGCGGGAUCUGAGUGUGCUGCGGCUGGGCUCCAACCGCCUGACGUUCCUCUCAGAUGGCUCCUUCACAGCCUGUCCUUCUCUGACUGAACUUUACCUGGAAAACAACUCCAUUGCAUCUCUGACCGACCAGACCUUCUCCGGGCUCAGUAAGCUGGAGAUUCUUGACCUGACCGGCAAUCAGAUCUCCAGACUGCCUGAUCUCAUGCUUCACCCUCUGCCAGCCAUAGAAACUCUGUACUUGGAGCAAAACAAGAUCAAGGUGAUGCCUGAUAAUUGGUUCAGCCCUAGAGAGGAUGUUCCAUACCUCUACCUCUCAGAAAAUCCCUGGGUCUGCUCCUGUUCCCUCGGUUACUUACGCAGAUAUCUGGAUGACUAUGAGCUCAACUUCUACGUCCGAGAUGGUCCGAUCAUUAAGGUGGAUCCAGAGAGCCUGGUGUGCGAUUCUCCACAGGAACACCAGGGGAAACCUGUGUUGUCUCUAGAAGAAUCAGAUCUAUGCCCAACUAUAGAUGAACUGGAAUCACCAGGAGACUUCUACGUUCCAAUAAACGCAGCACCAAAUAAUCCUUCUACCCCAGAACCUACAACUUAUCUCCCUCCAGUGGUUUCUUCCACUAAUGAUCCCACAACCUCUGAAUACAUGACUACUUGGUUUCCAGAGUUGUCUGCAGACUACACCAGGGUGGUGACAUGGUCCUGGUAUCAAACCUUCACCAGUCUCCUUGAAUGGUCGUAUCAUUCCGGGUCUGAAAUAAGAAAGGAAACUUUGUUUGUCAGGUCGGUCGCUCAGACCACAGAUUUGAUUCCUAAGACUUCCAGAUCUUCAACAUCAGCGUUUAUAUCAACCACAGAUAUUCCUUCAGCCAUUCUAUCAACAACUGUCCAGACUGUCCCAACGGAUCCAACAACUGAGACAAUUACGGAAUGGAUUCCCACUCUGGUUUCAUUCCCCUCUCCCGUCAUCUGGCGGAAAUUUAAAGUAAAUUCUGCAGGAGGUGGAGGGGUGUUCUGUAUCUGGCUGUUUGCAGGAUGUCUGCUGCUUUGCGUGGCCUCAGCAACGUGCAUCCUGGUGACUGUGAUGAAUAUGCUCAUCUGGUACAAAAAGGUCUACAAGCCGCUGAGCCUCGCAUUACAAAGGAGGGUGAGAAGCAGGGAAGGUGUAGCUCUGUUAAGCAAUGCAGUGCCGGUAGAUAAAGGAGUGGUGGUGCACUAUCAAUCUUUGCUAUUUGUCCACAGAGAGGGGGGAGACAUAGUUGAGGGGGACAGGAGAAACCAAGGACAGAUUAUCACUAUAAACUUGACAGCAGGAGAAGAGACAGGAGAUGGAAAGGGGGCCGAUGGCAGAGGAGUGUACAGGAAGACAAUGUACCGCCUGUUGAGCAGAGAGGAGGAGAUAGACGGGUGGAGGGAAGUUGUGGAAGAAUGUCAGGUGUCUGCAGAAGAUGGAGGCAAAAAAACAGGAAUCAGGAUGGAGAGGGAGCCGAAAGGAGAUGCAGGAGGAGUCUCCAAAAAACGGUACAGCGUUAUCCUGCGAGAGGAAAGGGAGGAGGCGGAGGGAGGGCGGGAGGAGCUAGACUGGGUGGUUGGUGGCUGGGAGGUGAAACGAGGAGCAGAGGAGGUUCCAAGGAGCAGCUGGGGGGAGUGGCUGGCAGAAUAUUUACCCAGCAUGCCAUGGGGCCUAACUGCCCCUUCUGAGGAGGAGGCAGCAGCUAAGUGA